AAAAAUUGCAAGAAAAUGGAAAAUCGUCACACAAGUUUAGAAAUAGCAAUUUAAAUGAAAAGAUAAAUAAAAAUGUGUCCCUCACCCGACACAAGAAUGUAAUAACAAAACUUCAAGAAGAAAAUGGAACAAAUGGAAAUAAACAACAGCAUGAAAACACCGGUCUCUGCGAUCAUUGCGGAAAAGUUUUUUACCGUAUGACUGCUUUAAAACGACAUUUACAAUUAGUCAAUAUAAAUACGCAACAAUAUAAAUGCACUAUGUGCCCACGGACAUUUAAACAACAGCUUUAUUUAGACCAUCAUUGUGCAAGAGUCCACAAUCAGAUUGGAAAGAAAUUCAUGUGUUCUGCAUGCGGCCAUGCAUUUGCGUAUCUCAAAGACCUGAACACUCACUACAAAAAUGUUCACAAUGAAGAGAAUAAACAGAAACUUAGAAACAAGCUGUUUUAUUGUAAAAUUUGUGGAAAAUCCUUCAAGAACGGUGUGGCUGUGACUAUACACACCAGAUCUGCACAUACAGGUGAGCGGCCAGCUGUUUGCACAGUAUGUGAUGCGAAGUUCUUCCACGCAGAUUAUUUAAAGGAACACAUGCGUCUACAUACAGGGGAAACCCCAUACAAAUGUCCUAUUUGCCACAGAGGCUAUGCGCAACGGGGUAACAUGCUAAGCCACGUGAAACACAACCAUAGAAAGUCACAACAUGAUGAAACAUUGUUAAAAUCUUUGAAGCCUCACGUAUUGAAAGUUAUGCGACCAUGAUUGUUGAAUUUAUGUCCUGUUUAAAUUAAUAAAAUGUUUUAUUAAAGAUUGUUCACAUCACUAUACCGAGAGCGACUCGAUUUGUACACUAAUGCAACCGCAUUCGGUUGACAGUUUUCGAUUACCCACGCGUCGCCUUCGGGGUGUGGUGCUGGUAAAAACUUAGAGGAUGGAAAAAAAAUAAAAGAAAGCCCUAACUACAGAAUCAACGUGCAUAUAACCAAAAUUUGAAAGUUACAAAUGGCGGAUUUGUUUAGUGUUGUACU